AUGCUCGCCAGAAUUGCUACCCGCUCUGCUCGUCGCUCUGUCCCCGUGUCGCGCCCGUCGCCCAAGAAGGAGAAGGCCCAUGAAGACCAAUUCGCUCGCCAACAUGAGGCUGAGCAGCUGAAGAAGCUCAAGGCCGAGCUUGAGAAGAAGAAGGCAGAGCUGGCCCAACUCGAGAAGGAGCACGAAGAGCUCUCGAAGAAGCAAUAAACUCGUCUGUAGAAUCAUACUGCAUACACAGGUUCGUCGUUCGAGUGCAUUUACACUGCCGCUGGAUGGUGACGUUCCUGGCGCAGCGCGAUGCUCCCUAUGGCUUCGUACAGGACAGAUGUCUCGGCGUACUGAUUCGUUUCAUAUUGUACCGCAUAUAGCCACACGCACGAUGAGAAUGG